AUGGGGAGAUUCGCUGUCAAAUCGCUAGACCAUCUGGUCCUAACAGUCCGCAAUAUUCCCCAGACUAUCGCAUUCUAUACAACCUACCUGGGCAUGCGCCACGAGAUCUUCACACCAGCUAACCAAUCCAUUCAGAGACAUGCCCUCAUCUUUGGAUCUCAGAAGAUAAAUCUUCACCAAUCGGGCAAGGAAUUUGAACCCAAGGCCCACGACGUGAUGCCAGGAAGUGCCGAUUUAUGCUUUUUGACAGACGAGAAUGUGGAAGAGGUCUUGAAGGUAUUUCAAGAUGCCAGGAUGGAGGUUCUGGAAGGCGCCAAGGUUGUAGAAAGAACUGGGGCUGUUGGGAAAAUUCGCAGCGUAUACGUGAGAGAUCCCGAUGGAAAUCUUAUUGAGUGA